UUGCAUAUGCACAGAUUGAUUGGCAUGAUUUUGUUGUGGUGGAAACAGUUGAUUUCCAGCCUGAUGAACCUGGCCACUUCCCUCCGCCAGUCAAGCCAUCAGAAGUGGGGGCUAGGGUCAUUGCUGAAGAACGAUAUGAGCAGUUUGGGGAAACUCUGCAUGAAGAGGAUGAUGUUGUUAUGGAUGUUGAGAGUGAAGAAGAAGAAGAAGAGGAGCAGGAGGAUGGGGAAAAAGAAGAAAGGAGGCAACACAAAGUUGCUGAAAAACCGAAAGAAAAGAUACAACCAGCUGACCAGAACACAGAGGUUCAGGACAUGGAUGAAGGAGAUUCAGAUAUGGAGGAAAGCAGUGAUGAGGAGGAGCCUCCGAUUCCAAUUCCGCCACCAAUGAUACCACCAAUGCCGCCAGCACCAAUGCCAGC